AUGUCUGCUAAGCAGUCUAUGUCGUUACCAAAUACAGUCUUCACCUCUUUGAUUGACCAAAGCCUGCCCCCGGAGGAGCGAACAUUGGAUCGGCUGCAGGAUGAGGGGUAUGUCCUUCUUGCGGCAGGAACUGAAACAACAAGCUGGACACUAAGUGUGACUCUGUUUUAUUUAUUGAGUAACAAGAAAUUUCUCCUCCGGCUUCAUGAAGAACUCAAGCUUGUGAUGCCGAAGCCAAAUCAUGUUCCUGAUCUAUUCGAGCUCGAGACUCUGCCACUACUGCGGGCAGUAAUACACGAAGGCCUUCGGCUCUCCUUUGGUGUGCUCACGCGCUUGCCACGAGUUGCCCCUUUCGAAGCAUUGAACUAUAAAGGACACAUUAUACCUCCAGGUACACCAGUGAGUCAAUCAACAUAUUUUGUCAAUAUGGAUCCUCAGCAUUACCCGGACCCGCACACCUUCAACCCAGAAAGAUGGCUGGAGGAAGCCGCCAAUGUAUAG